GAUCCUAUGGAAUGUGGCCAUCAAGGGGUCGUGUGAACUGGGUGACGUGGAGCUCGCUCGCAAGUUGUUUGAUGAAAUGCCUGACAGAAAGGUGUCGACUUGGAACUGCUUGAUUGACGGGUAUGUGAAGAGAGGGGAUGUGGAGUCGGCGGUCAGGGUUUUUGAGGAGAUGACGGGGAGGGAUGUGGUUUCUUGGACGACGGUGGUUGUGGGUUUUCUGCAUAAUGGCGAUGCGAAGAGGGCGCUGGACAUGUUUGGUAGGAUGAUGGAGGGCGGUGUGAGGCCGAAUAGCUACACUUUGUGCUCGGCACUCGCGGCUUGCGCCAAGAUAGGGGCCGUUGAGGCCGGGAUUCGGAUUCAUGACUAUGUUUCUAGAAGCGGGUUUCGGGUGAACGGGGCGAUUGGGACCGCUCUGGUGGAUAUGUACUCAAAGUGUGGAAAGAUUGAAAAUGCGGGUAGGGUGUUUGAUGAAAUGAAGGAUCGGGAUGUACUGGCUUAUACAGCGAUGAUUAAUGGGUGGGGGAUUCAUGGUCGAUGGCAAGAAGCUCUUCGAUGCUUUGAGGACAUGAAGUGUUCUAUUGCUGAGCCUGAUGAUGGAGCUUUUCUUGCUGCGUUAGUGGCUUGUCAGCAUUCGGGUAAAGUUGAGCUUGGGCUCAAGAUCUUUGAUAGUAUGAGACAUGAGUACAAGACUGAGCCGACUGUGAAACAUUAUACCAGCGUUUUGAACUUGCUUGGGAGAGCUGGGAGGUUUAAUGAAGCCCUUGAUCUGUUAAAUUCAAUGCCUAUUGAACCUGACUUUGUUCUAUGGGGUGCUCUAUUUAAUGCCUGUCAAGCUCAUAACAACGUCGAGCUAGCAGAAUUGGCUACUAAGAAGCUUUUAAAGCUUAAACCAAUACAUUCUGGUGGUUAUGUGUUUCUUUCUAAUGUGUAUGCUGGAUCUGGACGAUGGGAAGACGCUGAGAGGGUUAGAAUUGAUAUGAAGAGUUGUUGUGUUGAGAAAUCGCCAGGAUGGAGCUGCAUCGAGAUUGGGGGAAAAUCACACCAGUUUGUUGCUGGUGAUCAAUCUCAUCCGCAAUCUAGAGAAAUAUAUGAAAAGUUGGAGGAGAUGGUGUCACAGGCAAGGGCAUCAGGUUACAAGCCUAGCACUGAGUGGGUGUUGCAUAAUAUUGAGGAAGAAGAUAAGGAGGAUUCUCUAGGAUGGCAUAGUGAGAAACUGGCACUUGCUUUAGGACUGUUGAGCACUGUGGAAGGGGAGGAGAUUACCAUAGUGAAGAAUUUAAGAGUGUGUGGAGAUUGUCAUUCUCUUAUGAAGCUUGUUAGUAAGUUAUACAGGAGGGUAAUUAUACUUAGAGAUAUAAAGCGGUUUCAUCAAUUUAAAGACAGAGAGUGCUCGUGCGGCGACUAUUGGUGAAUUCAGUAUGUCAAUAUGUGGUUGAAGAUACUGAGUUCACUGGAUCCACAGGUUAUGAGUUUUUUUUGCUAACUUUAUGGAAUUCAAUUAUUGGGGUAUGUUGGUCACUUGGGAUGUGGAGGGGUCAGCAUGGUGUCAGUCAUUCAAUCAGGAAUUUUGCAUCUCUUGGUGCACUGAUUGUGUUCCGUUGUGGUUCCUCAAACUUCAUAUACACUGGGGCUUUGGGGGCUUAGAGGCACACUGUACAUUCUCUAAAAUACGGAAGGAUAGAGUUACAGAUGUUAAACAUCCAAGAAAAGCAACAAAAAAAGGAUAAAAUAGUUACCAAAUUAUCUAUGGAUCUACUAAUGAUGAACUAAACAGCACAGAGUGAGAGAUUCAUCUCAUGGAGAAUUGUGAGAAGCUUCAUAUGCAGUGACCAGAAAUAUAUAGAAAAUUUGUUUGUUUAAGGAGAAAAUGGUAAUUCUGACAGAUAUGGUAAUACUGACAGAUACUUUCUUACAUCUAUUCUUCAUCUAAAUGAGCUUUUGUUGGUGAUCUUAAUGCUGAAUGAGGAUACAGAUUGUGCUUCCUGCACAGAAUGUGCAUAGUUGUUCUACUAUCAUGCUAUACUAUUUUAAGCUGCAACGGUGAUUAUCGUCUAACCCUAUUGGAGCCCUCCUCUACCAUUUGUGCAAGUAUGACUAUGACUACAUAGCAUGGACUUUUUACAGGAGAGUCAUGGCAAAAUGAAAUAUCUUCAGGAGCAUCAUACACAUCCGGUUGUGAAGAAGACGUCAACUUUCUAAAGUCAGCUUAUCCUUUAUCAAGUUAUGUAAAGUUGUGAUGAGAGGCAUCAGCAUACCUAGCUUCACGAGACACAUAAGCUUUAAACUCUUUUUGCAACAUUGCAGGGAACAGAUUAUAUAAUUUUACAAAUUUAAUAGCAUAGUCAAAAUUGGAUACGUGCAAGCGAGAAAAAACUGUAGGUUAUUGGUAUCAAAGGCAUUUUUAAUCCUCAUUUGGCAGAAACAACAGCAUGGGUAUGAAUAUAAAGUCUGAUGUGCAUAGGAGGACCAGAGAUGGGUUUCAACUUUGGCCACAGUAAUCAAAGAUGGAGAAUAACUCAAUUCUGAUCAUGUGGAAUGAUUCCAUAGUCUAUGGUUGCAGACUAGCUGGGCCAGCAAUACAUUACAAGAAUCUCCAGAAAUCGAGGGUCGAUCUUCAGUCCAAAGAGCUUAGGAUGUCUCAUCUGAAGUGGUAGAACUAUAUAAACCUCAAGGACAUGGAAUGGCAAUGAAUCUUGAUUGCUCUAAUAUCGUCUGAACAACUCUUAUUACAUCUUGUUGCACUUUUCAUAAAUUUUUGAGUGGCACUACAGGCACACCCCCAACCACACAUUGGAGCACCCCCCCUCUCUCAGUUACAAUGCACGGGGCCCAUUUUAGAUUUUUAAAAAAAAUCUAAAGUGGGCCCCGUGUACUGUAGCUGAGAGAGGGGGCGUGUCCCAAUGUGUGGUUGGGGUGUGCCUGUAGUGUUUUCCUAAAUUUUUUAAGAACAAGAUCAAUGAUUAGAGACUGAAAAGCUUUAAAGUUUGGGUAUCUGGAACUAUCAGUGAUGUCAGCGCGGUUAAUGGGUCCAUGUCAAGCAUCAAACUGCUAUGCUGUCGGAAUUGAAUUCAAACUAAUCUCCAGCUUUUGGAUUUUAAUUGUGCUGGCCAUAAGUGUCCAGGUCCUUAGGAACCUUCGGGAAUUUUUCCCCAGAAAAGUUUUUGGCAUGUAAUUAGACUUUUGUUAUCGUAUCACUUCCAUGGACAAGAGCAUUGGAAUGCAAAUAUAUACAAUUAUUUUGAAUCUGUAUUCUACCACAGUGCAUGUAUUUGGAUUUGCAUCGUGUCCGAAUAUGAGUUGAAGGAAAAAUGGUUGAUAUUAGCCUUCAUAGAAUUUUGAAGAGAAUGGUUUUUUAAUUUAUUUUAAUUCCUCUGUGCUACGUAUGUAUCUUUUCUUUGUUGUAUUUAUCUAUUUGGAGUUCGAGUGCAAAUGGUAAUUCCCACUUCCCAGUGAUGAUCAUUUCACUUGGUUUGGUAGGUGGGAAGAUGAGGGGAGGAGAGAGACAAUAAUUAGAUUUGCCUUUGAUAGGGGGUUUUUAGAGGGGUAGGUAAGAGAGGGGAAGGAAGGGUAGAGAGGGGACAUGACACAAUGAACUAAAAAAACUAGAAAAAGAAAGAUCCAUUCAAGUUGGGAGGAUUCAAAAAGAGAGCGAAAAUAAAGUAUAAAAACAUGCAUCUCUCCUCCCCUCCCCUACAACCAAACAUAAAAAGGCUUAAACGGGAUGUUAUUACUCCAGUUCAUUGCACUUCCCCUCACCUAACCUUCCCUCCUCAAACCCCCACCAAACCAAGUAAAUUAAAGAGUUGCCAAUAGGCAGACUAGCGAGUUUAUUUUUCUUGCAUAUUCAGUGUCAUUAUUAUUUAUGUUUGUUUGUUGGGAUACACAUGCAUGACGCAAAAUAAAUUCCAACUACAAUAGAAGGCAAGCUCUCAAGUAUAAUAAAUGCACCCAUUCAGUAAUUUUCUUAAAUACCCAAGAAAAUAGGAACGAGAUGAGGUG